UUUUAAUAACUGAGCAGAGAAGGAUACAAAUAUAACUGAAUCCUUCUCAAGACAUCUAGUUUUUCAGCCUCUGGAAGAAUAACAAGACUUUUAAAGUGCAGAGAGACCACUACAGAUAUUUAAACACUGUCAUUUGUUUUUCUCAUUUUUAAGACAAUUGUUUUUUCGUCGGAGCAGAGCGCGUAAAAACGCACGGCGGCUCCAUGGCGCACUUGUGCAGGCAGAUCACCGGCAGCGCGGCGAGCUGUGCGGGCUGGGUCGGGAUCAUCGUCGCCACUGCCACCAACGACUGGGUCCGGACCUGCGACUACUCAGUGGCCACCUGCCUCCGCAUGGAUGAGCUGGGCUCCCGGGGACUCUGGGCAGAGUGCGUCAUCUCCCCGACGCUUUAUCACUGCGUGGCCCUCAACCAGAUCCUCACUCUGCCCGCCCACGUCCAGACGUCUCGUGCUUUGAUGAUCUGCGCAUGUCUGCUCGGCCUCCCUGCGAUGCUGCAGGUACUGAUGUCCAUGCCCUGCGUCCGGCUGCCAAAUGACACCGCCGCCAUCAAGAAGCGACGCGCCCGGGUGGGAGGCGUCCUCUUCAUCCUCAUGGCUGUGUGUGGCAUCAUAUCGACUGUCUGGUUCCCCAUCGGCGCUUACCAACACGAGGGUCUGAUGGCGUUUGGCUUCUCUCUGUACGCCGGCUGGGUCGGCUCGGCUCUCUGUCUCCUGGGCGGCUCCAUGAUCUUGUGCUGCCACGGCGCCGAUGCCUGGACCCCGAGCAGGGAGAACAGCUUCUUCUACUCCAGACAGCGGGGCACGGCCACGCCGCUGGACCCCCCCGCAAACCACGCCAAGAGUGCACAAGUGUGAAGAUGACGUUCUCUAGAAGAUUAUCAUAAUCAAGUCUGUGCGUUUCCCUUUUUACAUUUAGCUGAUCCACCUUUGAGAAGGACUUAUGAUACAUGAGCAGGUAGGGGUUUAGUGUAUGGCACAGGGGCCACCAGGAGCCACACAGUUACAGGAACAUAGUCUCGUUGUUUAAUUAAAAAUCCCUGUGCAGAGUCAAAGAAACAGGGUUUCUGCCAAAACUAUUGUUAGAUCAGAUAUUAUACUGCUGCCUUACAAAACAAAAUCAGACAUUUAGCGCUGAAUUUGGACAAAAUGGUGUAACUAUGGUCUGAAAUGUGCUUUCUUUAGGUGGUGAACUAGUUUGAUGUAUUUAGAGUCGUUUGUUUUGAAAUUAGAAAACUGUUGCUCGCAUGUGUGACUUUACCUUUAAUGAUUAUUAUACUUUAAAUAGCAUGAACACAUUUCCAAAAUCUUACCUGAAGUACAGAGAAUUACAUUUGUUGAGAUUACCUGCUCUCAUUUAGUCCAUCACAGGUUGUUUUAUGUACCAUGUGUAACCUUUUGCAGAUUUAGACUCUCCAUAUUAACAGUAUAAUCAAUAUAUAUCAACUGUGUACUUGUAUUGUACAAUUUUUUGUCCAGUGCUACAAAUAAUUAAAGUUUUCAAAUAAU